AUGCGCACAGCUGACAUUUUUCUGGCUUUUCUGAGCCACUUUCUGGCAUCUGUCGUGAUCGCAACGUCGGACUCUUUAUCAUCGAGUCAAUGUUCUAGUCUUGGCUAUGCAUCAAACAAUUUAAUGUGCUCAAGUUGUAAUGAUUUACAACAAUUUAAAUUGGGAGAUUUAGAAAGUUCAUGUCGACAAUGCUGUGUACAUGAUGAGAAUGAUCAAAAUGAACCUGAAGGAAAAGCUAAAUACCAUCGAGCUGUACUUCAAGUCGAUCGCCCAUCGCGGUUUCCAUCGUUCAGUGUUGAAUAUGUACGUGGAGCCGAUCCAAUUCUUAAUCUUUAUAAUGAUAGUGAUGAGCAAAUUGAGUCCAUGGGUAUUGAAAAAUGGGAUACGGAUACAUUAACAGCAUUCCUUGAAGAAAACUUGGCUCAUUAA